AUGCGCGCCACUCCCAAGGUGGGCCUGAUCGGCCUGGGCCGCAUCGGCAGCCGCUUCCUGGAGCACCUCCUCAACGCCGGCCACGAGGUGGUGCUGCAUGACUCCAACCGCCUCGCAGUGGAGCGCGUCGUUGAGGCAGGGAAGGGACGCCCCGCCGGCACUGUCACCGUCAGCGACAGCCCCGCUGAGCUGGCGGCCACCCGCGGCCUCACCACGGUCCUCACCGUCCUGCCAGACCCGGCCGCCCUGAACGACGUGUUCACGGGGAGCAGGGGCCUGCUGCGCGCCAAGGGGGGCCUCGCGCCCUCGCUGUUUGUCAACGUGUCCACAGUCGACCCCGAGACGAUCACGCGGCUGGCGCGGGAGGUCGCCCGCGCGCCGCUGGCGCCCGGCGCGGCGCCCAUCACUGCGUCUGGCAGGCCGACCCUCCUGGACGCCCCCGCGACCGGCGGCGUGGUGGGCGCGCAGGCGGCCGAGAUGUGCUUCUGCGUGGGUGCGGACGAUCAGAAGGACAUCGAGGCGGCGCGGCCGGUGCUGGAGCUGCUGGGCAACCACAUCACGCACACGGGGCCCGUGGGGACGGGCAGUGUCGCCAAGCUGUGCAACGCGCUGGUGAUGUCGGCGUCCAUGGCAGCGGUGUCCGAGGCCCUGGCGCUGGGCAAGCGCCUCAACGUCAACCCGGCUGUGCUCACAGAUGUCCUCAACAGCGGCAGCGGCCGCACGUGGGCCGGUGAGCGCUACAACCCCGCGCCCGGUGUCGUCAAGGGGGCGCCCUCCAAUCAUGGCUACCGUGCUGGACAGGCAGUGGACCAGGUGCGCGACCAGCUGCUGAUGCUCAUCCGCGCGGGGGAGCAAGCCCACAGCCCCACGCCCUGCGCCAAGUUCACGGAGCAGGUGUAUCGCGCACUCCACGAUGAGGGCCUGGGGGACAAGGACUUUUCAUCCGUUUAUCGCUACCGCUACGGCUCAGGCUGCGACAACCCAGAGUGGUAG